CAGUGCCGCCGUAUUCACGCCUGCGAUGGAGAACGCACCGCAGCAAACGGUUUCUGUUUGUCGGUUUUGUUUGUGCGAGGACGCAGAAAAACUUAUCCCAGUGCUGGAGACAAUCAAUCCUACGCUUACAAUUGACGAUGUAGAACACUGCACCGGGCUACAGGUGUCUGGCCGGAUCGCAACGGACGACGAGCUAGCUUCCUGCGCAGUUUGCCUCGAAUGUACGGACGCACUGAAAUGUUCGGCCGACUUUCGCCGUACCUGCAUGUACAACGAUUCCCAGUACAAAGAGAUACGGUUGACGCGGCUUACUAAAACGGACGAUUCCUGCGCCUUCGAUUUGGCGGAGGAGUAUUUGGAAAAUCCAGACGAGACUGCUUGUGAGCUGCAGGCAGUUGCCCUGAAACCGGACCUCGAAAUCAAACUCGAAUAUGUCGACGAGGAAGAGAUUUACGGGAGGGCUAUGCGAGUGUUAUCGACCCAUGGUGAGGUUGGCUACUCUGCCAACUACAUCGAACCUGGCGAAACGAACCCGGAAAGCGAUGAGGAGUACUAUGCAACACCUCCAGCGAACAUACCGAAGCAGCAAGGCAAAAAAGCUACGCACACCAGCAAAGAACGCAGAAAGCAGAAAAUGAAGCGAAAAAAGUCACUGUGUGAUAUGUGCGGCUCGAUCGUGAUCAACCUGCAGCGGCAUACGCUAAAUCACACGCAGGCAGUAAUGCACGGCUGCCCCUACUGUCCCAUCAAAAUGACGCAGAAAACCAACAUUGUGCAGCACAUUGAAACGGUGCACUUUAAAACGAUUGGCAAAACGUGCAGCAUUUGCGGGAAGGGCUUCGUGCAUCACAAAACGUACAGCUAUCACAUGCGUUCCCAUCACGGCGAUAUCGACACGCACGAGUGUAAACUUUGCGCUAAAACAUUCACCCAUGCCAGCGGACUGAAGCAGCAUAUUAGAAGGGUCCAUAGUACUUACAGCAAAACGGAAUAAGUGUAUCAGAUGGAAAACACUGCCGCAUUACCACCAGCAGAUCAUCUUCUUUGAGAACUUUUGAUCAUUAAAUUAUUUUGUACGAAACACAGAACCAUCAAACUAGAUAAGUAAAUUACCUUUGUAUUAAUCCAAUAAUUUUGUUUGGAACAGUUAGAUUU